GCGUAGGCGUGCACAGUAAGCUUGAGAAACUUUGAUCUGUCACAACUUUGUUGUUCCUGUUUUGACCUUUGUUUCAUGUGUGCACGUUUUGCUUCAGUUUGAUCACUGUGGUUAAGUCUCCUGCUCAAUGAUGAUCACAUCUGGUUUUAUUUUAUUAGUUUAAUAUUUGUUUUAGUCUUUGAAGAUGGCACUGAUUCUGGUUGCCGUUGUGCUUGCUGCCAUGCCUUCAGCCUACUGCUAUCCUGCUACCUUGCAAGACUUGGCUGGGGCUAAUAGGACAUCCAUUAAGUUCCUAGCAUUGGGAGACUGGGGGGGUAUGCCUUACCCCCCCUACAUGACUGUGGUGCAGAGGGCCACUGCUCAUGAGAUGACUAAAGUAGCACAGCAGAUGGGAGCAGACUUUGUUCUGGCACUUGGUGAUAACUUCUACUUUAAAGGUGUGGACAGAGUGGAUUCUCCAAGAUUUAAGGACACCUUUGAAGCUGUGUACACAGGAAAGUCCCUCAAUGUCCCCUGGUACGUUCUAGCUGGCAAUCACGACCAUGCGGGGAAUGUCCAAGCCCAGAUUGAAUACACACAAAAAUCUGCAAGAUGGAACUUCCCUUCCUACUACUAUGAGCUGGACUUCCGCAUCCCUAAAACGGACAAGACGCUGACUAUUAUCAUGCUGGACACCGUGAAGCUGUGUGGGAACUCUCUCGACUUUGUGGACGAGAAGCCCAAAGGCCCCUUGAGUGCAGUGGAUGCCAACCGCCAGGUGACGUGGCUGGAGGAGAGAAUGGCUCGGUCAAAGGCUGAUUUCCUCCUCGUGGCCGGUCACUACCCGGUUUGGUCAGUGUCUGAACACGGGCCCACUGAUUGUCUCCUGCAGAGGGUUCGCCCACUGCUGCUCAAAUACAACACCACAGCCUACUUCUGCGGCCAUGACCACAAUCUGCAGUACAUUUCAGAGUCUGGGGUGGGCUACGUAGUGAGCGGUGCUGGAAACUUCCUGGAUCCGGAUGUGCGCCACUGGAACCGUGUCCCCAAAGGUUCCGUGAAGUUCUUCACUGGCCAGGUGUCCACUCUCGGAGGCUUUGUUCAUGCAGAAGUCACAAAGAGCGAGAUGAUACUCACCUUCUACCAGGCUAAAGGCACUUCUCUCUUUCGCACAGUGCUCUCACCAAGGAAUGGCAAAUAGAUGACACAGGACCUUUUACCUUUUGUGCCCAAAUUUAGCGUGGUUUAAUCUUUUUAGAAAUAUUUUAAAAUAUAAUUUUAUAGAAUGUUGUGCAGCGGGCUGAUCUUGGUCUAAAGAGUUGAGGGGAACCCUGAAUAGAACUGAAAUAAAAUGGCCUUUGCCGCUGCAAGGGUUCUUUCUCUAUUCAUGAAAAUUGUGAAUAAUUACCACUGCUGAACUGUUAUGACUGUAAACAAACUUCCAUUCUACUGUCAGUGACACAAAUGACUCACGCCACUUAUGUGCUUUCUGUAAAAGGGAACUCAAGAUGAUGGUGGAUUCACCUGCUACCCUCUAAUCAGGUGAGGAUUUGUAUCGUGAAAGCCUUGUACUGUAUGUACUUUAAAAAAAAAAAAAAGUGCAUCAAUUAUGACUGACUUAAGUUGUAUUCUGAUAUUCUAUACAUAAGUGGCAUGUAAGCAGAUUUGGCUCUUUCUACUUUUACUUUAGUAGAAAUCCUAAAAUGAGCUGAGAAGCAUUUUGUUUGUACAUUUAUGUUUCCAUCCAUAUCAUUUACAAGCAAUUUGUCAAAUAGUGUUUUGUCAUUCCCUUGUUUGUUUGGUGCCAAUUAAAUUGAUGUAGGGUAAGGUCCUAAAUUAAGAUAAGCCUUGUUUAACACCCAUAUGUCUGCUGGUACUGGUGUUGGUGUUAUAGCACUUUAGUCGGAAGGAUUGUGGUGGAGUUGAUCUCUACCUAAUGGUUGCACUUGCAGACAGUCUGCGUCCUUUAGCAAAAUGGCUAUUGUUAGUCACUUGUAUGAAUAAAUACCAAUUUUGACAAAA